AACAAGCCGCUUGCCAGUUGCCAGUAGUUGCCGGCCCGCCAUUAUCGUCUACUCCUUUUAAUAUUAUAUUCUCACUUGGCGCGUAUUCCAAACAUUGUUUUAUUUUGUAAUAUCAUUAUAUUAUUUUACGUGCUUGUCAUCGUCCGUCAGUCGGUCGCGACGACUGCCGGAAGAGUAGUCGUUCUGGAAUCUCUUGUAAUCGGCGCUCAUGCGGAGAUGACGGUUAUCGAAUAAUAAAUCAUGACCGUGAUCGUGAUGAAAUUCGCCGCGCGUCAUCAUUACCGUCGUUUGAAAACGUUAAGAUUUUGACGGCGCGCGUCGUCCGUUAUUGUUUUUACUCGUCUAGAAAAAUCGGACAUAAUGCAGUUGUAGCGGCAGAAAACGCGUUGCGCUUAAUAGUGGCUCUAUCUCAUUUCAAAUGCACCCGUUCCAUUCUCACGUGUCAUUAUUGUUGUAUCCGGACGACAACCACGUCGAGACGCUAUGAAACGCGACCGUGUGCGGAGUGCUGCCGUCGCUACCGUGUUUCUCCAACUGUUGCUACUUUUAAGUACGCCACAGGUGUUGGGCUUGUCGAAAUCAAAAAACAAGUUGCAAUAUUGCGAGAGACCGCAUUCACGAUGUGUGGACAUGAACCACCCGGUAUCAUGUUUGGGGGUGAAAUUGCCCUAUACGUCUACUUCUAUAGAUCUCGUUCCAGACGCCGAAACCCUGGAAGAAGCUCAGGAACGAUUGCAUUAUUGGCAAGGACUCAAAAAAGUUCCAAAAUGUUGGGCUGCUAUCCAACCACUGUUAUGUGCACUAUAUAUGCCCAAUUGUGAAAAUAAUAGUUUACACUUACCUCCUCAGGAAAUGUGUAAACUUAUUGAAAAUCAUUGUCAAAUUCUCAAAAUUGAAAAUUCGUGGCCAGCAGAAUUUAAUUGUGAAAAUGACACCCUCUACCCUGCAAAAUUAUGCAAGAAUGAUUUGCGAGAGUUGAAGUUCAAUUCAACAGCUGGUCGUUGUGAAUCUCCACUUGUACAAACGUAUAGACCUGAAGCAUAUCAUUAUCCUAAUUUUGAAGGUUGUGAUCUUCAAUGUUAUGAUCCUUUGUUUUCCAUGGAUGAACACCGACAAAUACAUAAUCUUAUUGCAUGGACUGCUACAAUAGCUGGACUUUGUAAUAUAUUUGCUAUUCUUACAUUCAUGAUCGAAUGGCAAUCAUUAAAUCGAUAUCCUAAUAUUGUAAUACUCUACAUAAAUGUAUGUUUUUUAUUCAUAUGUUUUGGAUGGUUAUCACAAUUUUGGUCUGGCACAAGGGACGAUAUUGUCUGUAGAAAAAAUGGUGCUAGAAAAACAUCUGAACCUAGUGAUGAAGAUCUUUCAUGUGUUAUAAACUUUGUUUUCUCCUACUAUUUUUUAAUUGCUGCAUUUAUUUGGUUUGUUAUUUUUACAUAUUCCCUUCACACAACAUUUCAAUCCUUCGGAAAAAUCCAAGAAAAGGUUGAUAAAAAAGGUGGUUACUUUCAUUUAUUGGCAUGGUCUAUACCAUUAGUAUUUUGUGUUGUUGUAAUGGUGCUUGGAGAGAUUGAUGGAGAUAGUGUAACUGGCACGUGUUUUGUCGGAGUCAAUAAUAAAAUAUAUAGUAUUAUAUUUGUAGUAAUACCAGUUUUAAUAUCUGUUCUGAUUGGAUUAUUUUAUUUGGUUCGAGUAUUGUUUGGACUCUUGGCUUUAAAAAAAGAAAGCACUCAAGUAAUUUCAAAACAAGCCAAGUCUAAAAUUCAUUCAGCAGCCAUUAAAGUCAUUAUGUUUAUGAUAUUGAUUGUUGUUUUCGUUUCAUCAAUGUUUAUGUGUUAUAUUUACGAAUACAACAAUGAUCAUUUAUGGAAAGAUAGUCUUAGAAAAUAUAUUGUGUGCAAACUUGGUAUUAUACCUGAUACAGAUGUAGGAAAUUGUCGUAUUGAAUUUAGACCAAGUGUAUCUAGAAAACAACUUUAUAUAUUAGUGUUAUUUGGAAAUGCAGUAUUAAUGUCAUUUUGGGUGUGGACUAAUCAAAUUGGCAAUGCUUGGUGCGAGUGUUUGAUUCGUUGGUUAAAGAAAUUGCGAGGUCAUGAACAGAAAAACCAAGACUCUUCUAAGUAUAAUAAACAUAAGUUGAUUGCUAGCGCUUUUGCUAAAAGACAUCAACUUAAUAGUAACGAUUUUACUGUUACAUUUUCAAAAGAAGAUCCGUUUGGUUUGGUAUUUGGUUUAAACAGUAACCUAACAGAUAACAUAAGCUCUACUUGGGCUGCUGCAUUACCCAAAUUUAUAAGAAGACGUGGAGCAUUAACUGGCGAAGAACAACUAUCAAUAUCAUCUUCAUAUAUGCAGUCAGACUCAGAGAUUAGUUAUAGUAUGUGUAGAGUUUCUGUGGAAUCUCGUAGUCAUUCAUUGGAUUCUACCAUAUCAGUAAAAGCAUUUGAAAUGACUCGUAAAGUACGUCGAUUUUCCAAACAUGUUAAGAAAAAGCAUAAAAGAAGUAAUAAAUUAGUAUGUAAACUACCAUCAUCUCAGAAAGGAAGUAUCACUUCGCAAGAUAUAAAUCGACAAUUGACUUUGACAUUUCCCGAAUUUCAAAAUGAUUAUUCACAGCCUGAUGUAGAGUCACAAACAACUGCUGUUCCUAAUUUAGAAAGAAGAGCGGCUUCAGCUGGUAUUGAUGAGAGUCUUAAAGAGCAAAUGAAAACACUGAAGACCCUUUCAAUAUCAUCCUUAAGUAUGGUUAACACAAAACUGUUACAGAUGAGUUUUAAGGGUUUAACCAGUAGCAAUCAAUCAGAGCAGUUUAUACUAGAAGAUUUCAAAAAAUAUGACCGAAAAGGGAUGUACAAAUCAGUAGCUAUCUUCGAUACAGACUCAAGCACUGAUAUGGAUGAAGAAAAAAAAUCUUCCAAUAACUCUGAUACAGAUUAGAAUUACAGAUAUUAUUUUAUUAGUUAAGUUAGGAAUAACAAAAGUUCCUAAAAGUUUGGGAGAUUUGCUCAACAUUCAAAAACCAAAUGCUUUUACAAUUAUUUUAUAUUCCAACUGAGUUACAUUUUUUGUUAUAAAAAGAUACAUUUUGUAUAAAAAUAUUACUUACUAUUAUUAUGGUCUCCUGAACCUAUGUGAUUAAAAGAUUGACUUAUAUUUUUUAUCUUAUAAAUUUCAAAAAUUAGAAUAAAUGUAUUAAAAUCUAUU